AUGAGCCCCCCGCAGCCGCCGGGCCGCGGGAUGCGGUUUGCGGAGAGCCAGCUGCGGCGGCACGGCUGGCGGCGAGGGCAGGGGCUGGGGAAGCGGGAGGACGGCAUCGCCGAGGCCAUCCGGGUGAAGGUGAAGUGUGACACGGCGGGGGUGGGACACGACGCGGCGGAGCCGUUCUCCUUCCACUGGUGGGACCACGUCUUCAACAAGGCGGCUGCCAACAUCGCUGUGGAGGCCGGGCAGGAUGGCAUCUCCGUGAAGACGCUUUCCGAGCAGGGAGUCAGGAUCAGCAAUAAGAAGCCCCGCAAGGCCGGCAGCACUGGCAGCAUGCUGUACGGCCGCUUCGUGAAGUCAGCCACGCUCACAGCACGCGGGGAGGAGCCCACGAAGCCGCCCACUGGCUCAGAGAGCAGCGAGGAGGAGGAGGAGGAGAAGCUGGACCUCUCUUCGGCCAGGAGGCUGACGGAUGAGGAGCUGAUGCGAGCGUGUGGGGGCCGCACGGCGCACAAGGGUGCCCGUCACGGCCUGACCAUGAGUGCCAAGCUGGCGCGCCUGGAGGAGCAGGAGCGAGCCUUCCUGGCCACGUACCGACACAAGGAGCGGCAGCGUGAGCCCCCGGAGAGCAGCCGCCCAGCAGAGAGGCAGGAAAAAAAGAAGAAAAAAAAGAAACAGUCCAGGGACGGAGCUGAUCCCGAGGUGCUGCAGAAGCAGGAGCGAAGCGGAGAAGAGGAGGUGGCAGGAGAGGAAGGGAAGGUCGUGAAGAGGAAGAAGAAGAACCAGGAGCCAAGCGGAGAAGAGGAGGUGGCAGGAGAGGAAGGGAAGGCUGCAAAGAGGAAGAAGAAGAAGAAGAAAAAGCAGGAGGAGGACAAAGUUGAGACAGAGAAGGAGAAAAAGGAGGAGGACAAAGAGCCAGCUGAGACAGAGGUAACUCUAGAAGACACAGAUGGGCCAGACCAGGCUGGGCACAGCCCCAGAAAGAAGAGGAAGAAGAGGAAGAGGGAGCCAGAGUGAACAAGAGCCAAGGCUGCUGUGCUGCGUGGCUGCUGGUACCAUCUGGCUGUGAGGGUCCCGAUCCUGCCUGCUGGUGCUGGUGGGUGCCCAAGGGUGCUCCGGGCUCUUCCCAGGUGGAGCCCAGCGCUGUGGCCCAGCUGUGUGUUCGCUGCCUGGGGAUGCUGGGCUGGGACUGGUUGGUCUGAAGCUGGAUCAAGCUUUAUUUCACUCCCUGAGCCUUCCUCCCGUCAGGGGUGACCCCGGUACCCCCCAGGCCCUGGGGCAGGGACCCAUUUGCAGAGGGACACAAGGGGACAGACCCCACAGAGUAUUGAAAUAUUUUUUUUCAAGGGCAUGAAUAAAUCUUUAUUGCAGUGAAACUAU